AAAAGGGAAGGUCUCAUCCUCCUACCCCGCCUCUCCAAUUCUCGUCUGGCUCACUAUGUCUACCUAUGAAGUCGAACACAACACGUCCGACCCCUCAAACACUCAACAAUUCUCCCGACGCCGCCGUCCAGACCUCUCCACCUUCUUCGCAACCCUCUCCGAAAUCAGCUCUGAUGAGUCUCGCUCGCGCCCCUACGCCGUCCCUGUUCCUCGCGACAUAAGCGCUGCCUUCUACUCCCUCGCUGAAGCACUGAAUAUCAUGCGUCGCGAAGGAGGUGGCACCAGCACCAGCAACGGUGACGAACUUCCCACAACACUCAACCCAGAUGGCACACCAAUCGAAGUCCACGGCGAUGAUCUCCUCGCGCAGAUGAUCCAGACCCUACUGAGCGAGGCUGAGACACCGCCUAAGGAAGUUGAGGGUGUGAGUGAGGAGUUUUGCGACGUCCUCGACCGCGUCCCUCGCUCCUCCUUAAAACCGUCGCAAACGUGUCCGAUAUGCAGCAACCCAUUUCUAGAAGAUGAAUAUCCGCUUGUUGUCCGCUUACCCUGUCAUCCAACCCAUGUGUUUGAUUUGGAGUGUGUACGGCCGUGGUUGCGUUUGCGGGGCACAUGUCCACUUGACCGGACGGAUCUUGCGAAGCAGGAACGGGAGAAGGCUGCGGCGAGGAGGAAGAAGCCUGUUGAGGAUGAGGAAGAUGAGUGGGACGGUAUGUAUGGAUAGGUUGGAGCUUGGGUAGUAAAUUGAAACGACUACUCUUCCCUGUGUAUCGGGUUAAGCCGCCUUAUUUAUACCGACGAAUACUUCGUAGUAGCUAAUAUGAUUGAAGUAUCUAGAUCUAGGUAGAGUUACCCGUGAACUUCUUUAAUUUCCUAAUUCGUGA